CCAAUAUUCAUAUAUAGUAUAUUUCUUUCCCUUUGCCUACUGAGCCCUUUAUUUGGCAGAAGGCAGUCGCGAAGCACGAUAUUAUACGCACAACAGCGAAUAUCGUUAACUCCUAUUUCAAGAAUAUUGUUCUCAAAAUCCACUCCAGUGAUCUUCAACACCAGCUUCCGAUGGAUCGGUUGACGGCAAGUCUGUUAUUCUAUAUAAACCGGACGCUUUAGAACAGACAGAAGAGUCAUCGAUACCCGUCGCCCAGUUCCUGAGAAACUUCAGCGACUCAUAUUCCGCAUGCCAAAGACGGGCAGACAGUGAAUACUGCUCUCAUGGCAUUUCUGAAUGACCUUACAACCGACUUUGACUAUACCAAUAUUGUGGCUGGAUGCUGCACAAGGCAUUCUUUCUCCGCCAAAUAUGAAGCUGCUAAGAAUGAGGCUCGAACGGACGGAUAUCUCGUCGACGGCAAUGAGAGCCCUUCUUAAUCUCUCAUCGAAGUAAAACUGGUCAUUCGAGCAAUACAUGAGGCAGGUUCUGGUGGGAGUUUACAUGUCGAGAUAGACCAGAAAGGAAUGUGAUGUUCUUCCAGUCACGCUAUGCUCUGAUAUAUCUCAAGAUCAGCACGAAAUAUUCAUAACCUUUGCAGAGUAUAAUAACAUCAAUUGCCAGAGGCCCGCAGACACCAAAGUCCCGCCAAUCUUGACUAUGCAUCAAUCAAUAUGCACCGUGGGAUACUACCAUUUCCGGACCCACACCCUAUAUCGAGG